AUGUCACAGUACGACCCUUCAUCCUCGUCAACAUGGGGCUCUAGUACCGGCCGGGAGCGGGGUGCUCGCCGCAAGAAGGUCUUUGACUACCUGAAGGCUGCUAAUGAGCUGCGUCAAACGUACACUGCGCAAUGGUCGGCGCAGAUCAAUGGUCAGCGCGAGUAUGAGGACUACCGUGAUACGCCGGGGGCUUUUCCCGAUGUGGAGAUCGCGCGAUCCGAGUUUGAGGAGAUGGUGAUAUUUCCGAGCUAUGCGAGACGGUUGGUCAAGGACGGUCGGUCUGACCUGUCCAGUAGCCGCCGUCGAGGAUCGAAUGCAACGAUCGAGGAGUAUCGAGACGAGACCGACGGUUUUGGCUCUACCAUGCCUGGGUGGGAUGAGAUUGAAGACGAGAAUUCUAUCGUUGCAGUCGAUGUGCGUGGCUGGGUAUACGCACCUCAUCGCGGGCCGAUGACUCGAAAGCAUCGUUUGAUGGUUGCUCUCGCUAGGAAGCUAAGCGGUGUACCGGCUCCGGUGAUCAAUUCGAACGAGGGCGAUGAUCUCAAUGGAAACAACCCGAGGAAUGACAAACGAGACGAUGAGUUGGUCGACACAGAGGCACAGUCGAUCAUCCGGAAGGCAGAAGGGGCGGCCGAUUCAGCAUGGAAGGACAGUGCCGAAAGUCAGGUGCCUGGGCGCCCUCUUCAGAGGACAGCAACAGCAGGGUCCACCAACGCUGCACCGCUGACCAAGGAUGAACUAUCUAUCGCUAAUGCGCACCUAAUGGAACGACUCCGUCCCUUUCUUACCAACCCGGUAACGAACAUUCCUGUCACCGUGUUCUUUUUCAAUGAUGGCAAGAGCCAGUCAAGGAGUGUCAUGACCGAUGAGUCCGGUCACUUCCAACUGCGGGCGGGUCUGCCCUUUAUCCCGACUCAUAUUCGGGUGCUGGCCUCGGAGGACCUCUCGGCCAUGAAGGAGGUCAAAAUCAUCGAACCCACCGGUGUCAGCUUAAUCAGUGAUAUCGAUGAUACGGUGAAACACUCCGCCAUUGCUAGCGGGGCCAAGGAGAUGUUUCGCAAUACGUUCGUGCGCGAGCUGAAUGAGUUGACGGUGGACGGUGUCACGGAGUGGUAUGGCAAGUUGGCCAAGAUGGGGGUAGACCUGCACUACGUCUCCAAUGCGCCAUGGCAGCUAUAUCCACUUCUGGACCGCUACUUUAAGCUUGCCGGGCUUCCCCCUGGUUCUUUCCAUCUGAAACAGUACAGCGGUAUGCUCCAGGGUAUAUUUGAGCCUACGGCCGAGCGGAAAAGGGGCUCUCUGGAGAAGAUUCUCAGAGAUUUUCCUACCCGCAAGUUCAUCCUGGUUGGUGAUAGCGGUGAGGCGGAUUUGGAGGUUUAUACCGACAUCGUGUUGGCGAAUCCCGGGCGGAUUCUCGGUAUCUUUAUCCGUGAUGUUACCACUACUGACCGUAAGAAGUUCUUCGAGAAAUCCGUCGACCACUUGGAGUAUGAUCUGUCACGGAGCCGCAGCUCGCCGCAGCUUGCGGCCAAUUCGGAUGCUGUGGCUAAGCGGCCGGUAUUACCGCCUCGCCGGCCUCGUGAGACGGCCGAUCUGGCUGCAGAUGCUGUGAGCCUAGACAAUGCCGACUUGAUCGACCUUCGUGAUGAAGUGGAGCAAAAGGUACCUUUGGCUGAUUUGAGGAAGGCCUCCAUUGGACGCGUGCCACCAGCAAAACCCUCCAAGCCGUCUUCUUUGCGCUCGGUGUCGACCAAUACCGAUCAGCCCUCAUUCCAAGAGACCAUCAAACGUAAGCCCGUACCACCACUACCGCCACGCCGUGCUUCGACCAAGCCAGAUAUCUCGCCCGAGAGAAUCGAUUCGAGCAUGAGGCAAUUGCCGAUGCGGCCUAGGCCUAGCAUACCAGAUGCUAUGUCUGCUUCGCAAGAGGUCAAUGAUACGAGGGCUACACGCUCGAAGCAGCCACCACCACCCCCUCCGCCGCGUAGGGCCAACACGGUGGCUUCGACUGAGGAUGCCUCACCACAGCAGGGAACAAACCGCCCGGCAUCCCAGAAACAGUCAUAUCCGGCAUCUGCAGCUACGGCGGCUGGAGCUGCACUACAGUAUGCCUCGGAACGUCUGAACUGGUCUUCAUCCCCGUCAAGCGCUCUCCGAUCAACCCAGUCGAACCUGUCGCUGAGUAAAUCGACCACUAGCGGAGACAGCGACUCAUCAACAGCAGUUCCUGUUGCUCCACUACCCAAUAAACGGGAGGAGCUAUGGCGACGCCGCUGGGAACGGGCGCAUGACCUUCUGGAAAAGCAAGGCGUGGUCCUGGGUAGCUGGCGGGUGGGCCAGGAUGUACAGGAUGUCAGUGCCUGGCUGGUAGAAGAGGCCAUGAAGGAUAUACGGAGGGGCUAA